AAGAACAGCUAUAGUUGCAGGACAGUCGUGUGUGCUUCCUGGGAGGCAUGGAUUUUGUUAUCGUACCGUGCUGUACCCGAUCGCUGGUGUGCCGAGCAGUCAGGAGUUCACGUUGUGAGUCAGGGCAGGCGGGCAACUAAAUUGUUUUUCAAUGUUGUAUCGAAUUCGCGAUCCACCACACUGAGUGCGUUCAUUUAUCUCUCGCUUUCCCAGAAAGGAUUCGACCGAGAAGGCAGACGCUAGCAUCUGGCAGCCGUCGCGACAAAAAACCGAACGAGUCGAGCAUCGAGCACGGCGCGGUAGCAAUCCCGGAAGAAUUGAUCGCAGAACGAAUCGUGUCGCAACACCCGCACCCACACCGACACAUACACAUCCGUCGAUCGAUCGAGAUCGCACGAGCGAACGCGGUCACGUUCGGUUACCUCCCCCCACCGUCUUCGGUCGCCGCGCUAGCACCCACGCACGCUGAUGGAUGUUGAGCACGCAGCCACCCGUCGCCACUAGCUGUGGGUUUGUGUGUAUGUGUCGUUCGCCGUUGUUCCCUGUUGUCCAACAUCAGUGGAGUAGACGGCGUUCGCAAAAAAAAAACCCCAUUCUGUCGGCUCGGAUUGAUCGUAAACGAAUAACUCUUGGCGUAGAAGCUUGAUAGAACAAAAAAACAAAACAAAAAAAAACACCCCCCCCCUAUUUCAACGGACGAGUGCGCGAGUCCAAGAGACACAGUGCGGUUGCGGGAGUUUGUUCCCGAAGUGCGAGGCACCGAAUCAUGUGAACAGCGAAUCUGCCCCCUCCCCUCGACGCGUCCCGACCGAUGCAGUAGCGACAGUAGCAGCGAAAACAAACGAACGAUAGAAUCAACGAAAAAUACCACCGAGGCCACACUUGCCACAGGCGCCCUGUGCCGGCGGUGAAGAAUAACAUCACCACGACGCAGGCACAGAAUGGAAGAGGUUGAUACUCAUGGAGUGAGCAACAGCAAAACCGGCGGCAGCAUGUCUAACUUAAGUGAUACACCGAGCACAAUACCGGUCGUGGGGAACGCGAUAGCCCACGGUGGUGCCGUACACCAACAGCGGCCCCGGAUGGACAUUGCGGUGGUGAUUGACUGUGAGCACAGUGCCUUUCUUAGCCACCGGAAAGCGGCACUGGAGGAGGUGCGCCAGGCGUGUAGCCAAGCCGGUGCCAACCUGCAGCUGCUCCUGUUCGAGGUGCUGGACUACGGUGACCUCAAAACGCUCGAAGCCUUCUACAACGCCGACGUUGUCGUGGUGGAUUUAAGCGUGCAAACGCAACAGAGCACCCUUUGCUACCAGCUCGGGGUGCGCGAGAGCUUCGAGAUGAACGAAAACAUUGUCAUCUACAACGAUACACACAACGAGGCGACGUUGCGGAUGAAAAUCUCCUGCGGUAACUACCAGUUCGUGUCGUACCGGUUGCACGACAGUGCCGUGUUGGUGACGAGCCCGCUCAAGGGUGUUAGCGAUGAGCCAGCGAUCGGGCCGGGCACGCAAGGUCAACAGCAACAGCCGCAACCGCAACAGCCGCAACCGCAACCACAAGCAAGUGCGCAACCGAUCACGCUACUGGCCGCACUGCGCAAACUAUUCCAGGACGUGGAAAUUCAAUCGAAGGCCCAUUUGCGCGAAAAGUUUCUAGCGGAUUUGCGGGGCUUGCGCGAUCAGCACGCGGGCAAUGUGGAGGAGCUGCAGCGGAUGCUGCGCAACAUGCGCAAACGGCUCGACGAUCCGCACGUCCUCUCGAAGGAGAUCGUCCAAACGUACAUGCUGUCGUUGCGGGACGUCCAGGAUUACGAUGCGAUGGUGCAGCUGGUCGACGAUCUGCAGACAAUUCCGAACAAGCAGAACUACAUCAACACCGGCCACAUGCACUACCUGUACGCGUUUGCGCUGAACCGUCGCAACCGCGAGGGGGACCGGGAGCGGGCACUGCGUACCUGUACGAAAGCGUUGGAGAAAAAGGAAAACCACUUCCCGGAUAUGCUGUGUUUGUACGGCCGGAUCUACAAGGACAUGUUCGUCGAGUCGAACCACACCGACCAGGAGAGCCUGCGGAACGCGAUCAUCUGGUACCGGAAGUCGUUCGAGGUGCAACCGAACGAGUUCGCCGGCAUCAACCUGGCGACGCUGCUCGUGAUCGAUGGGAAAGAUUUCGCCGACACCGAGCUCCAGUACAUCACGAUGAAGCUGAACAACUUGAUCGGGAAGAAAGGUUCACUGGCCCAGAUCCGGGACUACUGGAAUGUGGCUACAUUUUUCGAGAUUUCGGUACUGGCGGAAAACUACGCCAAAGCGAUCCAGGCAGCGGAGUGUAUGUUUAUGUUGCGGCCCCCGAAAUGGUACCUCAAGUCGACCAUCGGUAACAUUACGCUGAUCGAUCGGGCACGCAAGCGCACGGAGGAUGCCGGCACGGGCCUUCCGAUCGAGCAGCAAAUUUUCCAAUUUUGGAUGGAAUUUUUCAUGGAAGCAACGGCACCGGAACCAACGAGCACGGUACGGUUUCCGAUUCUCAUACUGGAACCCCAGAAGGUGUACAUGCCGAGCUAUGUGGCGAUCCACAUGGAUGCGGAGCAGAAGUCGAUCGACAUUUCCAACAUUUGCCUACAGCACGCCAAGGGUACGUGCCUGAAGCUGCACGAUUUCAACUUUCAAGCGAAUCAAAUCAAAUCGGUCAGUCUGUACAAGCGGGACGAACGGUGCGCUUACCUGUACGUGCAGCAGAACUCGGACGAUUUUCAGAUGUUUUUCCCCUCGGUGCAGUGCCGGCAAACGUUUUACGAUCUUAUCCUGCAGAUGACCGCUGACCAGGGGUCGGGCUUUAUCGAUCUGUCGUCCGCGGAAACAACGGCGGACGAGCUGAAGUACGAGUACGAAACGGAUGACCACGGGCGGCGCAUCAUUCUCGGCAAGGGCACGUACGGGACGGUGUAUGCGGCCCGUGAUCUAACAACGCAGGUAAAGAUCGCCGUGAAGGAAGUGCCCGAACGUAACACGCACGAUGUGCAGCCGCUACACGAAGAGAUUAAGCUACACUCGCAGCUCCGGCACCGGAACAUCGUCCAGUACUGGGGUUCCAAGUCGGAGGAUAACUUUUUCAAAAUCUUCAUGGAGCAGGUCCCGGGCGGUUCGCUGUCGGCGCUGCUCCGCUCCAAGUGGGGCCCACUGAAGGAGACGGCGAUCGCGUUCUACUCGCCACAGAUCCUUGAAGGGCUGAAGUAUCUGCACGAUCAGAAGAUUGUCCACCGGGACAUCAAGGGUGAUAAUGUGCUGGUGAACACGUACAGCGGUGUGGUGAAGAUUUCCGACUUUGGCACCUCGAAACGGCUGGCCGGUAUUAACCCGGUGACGGAAACGUUCACCGGUACGCUCCAGUACAUGGCACCGGAGGUGAUCGAUCAGGGUGUGCGGGGGUACGGCCCGGCGGCCGACAUCUGGUCGUUCGGGUGCACCGUCGUGGAGAUGGCGACCGGUAAACCACCGUUCAUCGAGCUCGGUUGCCCGCAGGCGGCCAUGUUUAAGGUGGGUUUCUAUAAGACGCACCCAACCAUCCCGCCGGAGCUGUCCGAGCGUGCCAAGCGCUUCAUUCUCCGGUGCUUCGAGGUGAACGUGGAUCUGCGGGCGACCGCCGCCGGAUUACUGGAUGAUCCGUUCCUGUGCGACAUGAACAAGAAGAUGCGCCCAUCGAUCAGUAGCAGCAGUGCGAGCGGAAUUAUCGGUGGUGUAUCGGGGGCAGGCGGUGCUGGCGGCGGUGUCCCAUCGAUUACCGGUGCGUCGGGCUAUGAGUUUGCCCGCAGCGUUAGUAUGCCGGCCGAUCGGCACGUGACGAAACCGCACACCACGUCGUCGUCGUCGUCGCAGCAGGGCACGGCGGUAGCCGGCCACACACCGACGAUCGGAUCGGACAGCAAUUCCACGGCAUUCUAUUCAACGGCAGCGACCAUAACCAGUCCGACUGCACCGAGGCCGGCCUCGGUUCGAUCUCGGAACAGACAGCUGUCUCAGCUAACACCGAUCAAAAUGCCCAAACAGAGUGCUGCUGGUGGUGGUGGUGGUGGUGGAGGUGUUGGGAACAGUAUCGGCAACCUAGCCGAAACACCGUCGCUGGAGAUUGAAUCGGCGGAGCAAACUCCUACCACCUUUCACCUGAAUCGUCGCAGCUCGUCUGGCGUACUGCUCUCACCGGAGGUGGAGCUAACUUCGUCGACGACCAGCAAGUCACCGCUCGGUGCCGUCGGUGAGGCGAGCGAGAGCGACGGGUUUUACUUGCUAAAGAAGGACUCGCAACGACGCACGACGCUGGACAAGGUGCUGUACCACGAUGUGAACAAGAUCUGCGAGGUGUGGCUGGACAAGAUCGAGUCGGACCGGAAGGAGAAAGUUGUGAUAACGCGCGGUCACCUCGAAACGCUGCUGAACGCGUUGCGCCGGUACAUUGCGGAGCAGCGCAAGGAAGCGCUCGAGCAAGCGAUCGGCCAGCUGAAGGAGCGGCUCGAUUUCGACUCUACCGCCAUCGACCAUCUGCACCUGGCGCUGUACUCGUUCCAGGAUGCGGUCAACACGGUGUUGCGGUCGCACAACAUUAAACCGCACUGGAUGUUUGCGCUGGACAAUCUGGUCAAGAGUGCGGUACAGGCGGGCAUUAUGAUACUGUCGCCGGAGCUCGGUGCAAAUCUUGCCGGCCAAACACCGAACGAUGACGAGGAUGAGUACGAGAACGAGGAAACGGGUUGCGCGGGCGUUACUGGUGGUGCAGGUGGUGGCACUGGUACUGGUACUGGUACUGGUGGGGGACAGGCGCCAGUGAACCGAACAGUUACCCGGGCCCGCCCGCUAGCGGUAGUGCGGGACUCGCGGCGCCAUUAUGCACGGGAUGAGCACGAUUGUGUGACGCUGCGCCACUGUGACGAUGACGAGGAGGACGAUGAGGAGGAGGAUGACGAGGAGGAGGAGGACGAGGACGAGGGGGACGAACAGGAGGAAGGAUAUCGUGGCGGGCGAAAUGUUCACCGAGCGUACCGCAACGGGACCACCGGGCUAGUCGGUUCCGCCAGCUCCACCACCAUCAUUACCACCACCGGGGUGCCGCACCGGGGUGCCAAACGAAAUGCGGAGCUGCGUGCGGAAAUAACAAGACUGAAGGAAUGCAUUCUAGAAUCUCAGCGAGCGUACGAAGCCACGUUCCGGGCGCUGCUCGACAACGGUGCGUUCACGCGCUGCCUUAGCGACCAGCUGGUCGCACUGAUCGAGCGGGGGAUCGAGCGGGACGAACGGCACCACGGCACCAAGCGCCCGUUCGCUGGCAACCAAGCGGACGAAGCGACUGUCGACAUGCCCGACAAAGAGCGGAACGAGGAGGAUAAGAAGAAAGAGCGCCGGAACGAGGAGCCCGAUCGAGCCCUGCUCGACAGCUGGCUGCAGCAGCAGGGCAUCGAGAGCACCGUCAGCCGCCAACGGAUAUUGCGCGAAGGUUUCCGCUUCCGGGAUUUCCUGUACGAUCUCGAACGGGACGAUCUGUGCCGGCUAGGGUUGAGAAUGGGAGAACAGCUACGGAUCUGGAGUGCGCUAAAGGCGCACCGGCAACAGCAACACCAUCGACCAACAGCCACCAACGCCCGCGACCACAACUGCCGGCACAACAAUGCGAUCGACGAAAACAAUCACCAGCCGGCCAGCGGCACGCACGACCCGCAACGAUACUCAUACCGCGAGGAGGAUGAAGACUUUCACUAACGGACAGGCUCUGUUGCAGGCCCGAAUUGUUGUGGCGCCAAUUUCGAUCGUACAAUUGCAACAGCUGUGUGUGUUUUUUUUUUUGUUUGAGUGUGCCAUAAGCUUGCAGGAGGUGGAAGAGACAACAGCAAAAAAGAAGAAGAGAAAAACGAGCGUUAGAUCUAUAAAACCCUCGCCUCCCGUUGCACAAACCGCGUGGGUUGCCUACCCGUCCUGUGUAUCCCUUUUUCUGAUUUGUUAGUUAAAAAUCGCGCAAUAAUCCGUGUGCCUUUUUUUUUUGUUUUGCGGCUUUUAAAAAGAUCGCGCCAGAUGAUGUAGAGGAGAGCGCCACUAUUUACGAAUCGUUGGAAAUAGCUACAGAGUAUCCAGUGAAGAGCGAAUAAAUAAACCGAGCAAUACUUUUCCCA